AAUAUCACGCUCCCCUAAAUAUAUCAACCUUUCGAAACAGAACAACUAUACCUUCAACCCGGACCGUCUAUCAGUCCUCCAAGUCUAGCCAAGAUGUCAAAUCAGAACUCGGAGUCGACGAAUUGCCAAGAUGAGCGCUCAGAUUGGCAGGCAUCUGGCUUCGAUUCCCACCAAGAGUAUCAAGACUGGCUAAACGAAUCCAAAGCCACCGAUGAUGCAUACGACGCUCAGGCGGAGGCGCCAACGCCCGAUGAAAGCGAUGAGGAUGAAGGUUUUGACGAGGAGUUCGUUAGCGAGCAAAGCUCACAAGACGAAGAAGAAGGCGACAAAGAAUCAGAAAACGGUGAGCCUGAAGAGGACGUCGAGCCCGAAGACGACGGCAAUCCCGGCGAGCAUCCCGAAGCUGCAGACAACGGCGAGCCUGGAGUCGACGACACUUCAAAUGUUGACGAGGCUAAGCUCAUUUCUAUUUACGGCUUCGCGCAUGACAAGAACAGAGAUUAUGCCCUCGUUGAGCAGUCAGCCCGUGGAGCUCUCAAUGCUAUCACCAUAGCCCUUCAAAACAUCAUCAACAGAAGCCAGGCGCAACGAGGUGACCCACAGAGUCUUGCGAAAGAGAUCGAGGGCGCCUUUCUCACGACUCUACCUACGUACCUGAGCGCCGAGGCAAUACUUCAGGGUGAACAAGAAGGUGUUGGGCGGCCAACUCCCCUCAGCGCCUUUUCUUCGCAGAGUAAUCAACCCCUGAUCGGCACCUCUACCGCCGUGUCUGUUGCACCCUCUCCGCCUCCACCAUCACCGUCAGUGGUCAGUGAUCUCGUAUCCUUCACCACUCCAAGAAAUAAUAGCAGCGCUUCCCAAGGGGAAGGCGCCGACAGCGAUGAGGAGGAGGAUGUUCAAAAGAUUACAACGCCCCCAUCCCGAAUAAAGCGACCCAGGCACAUGUAACUAGACGAGGUGAUUCAUAUGAGAUAUAUGGCAAUGGAAGUGCCAGGUAAAGCCUGCUGAAGACAGGUGUACGUCGUGAAGAAAUUAAUAUCGGGUCAAACUUGAGCCGCCGAGG